GGCAGGAGCAGCCGGGCAGGCUUAGAUGUGUCCGGAUCGGAGAGGAGAGGAGAGCGAGCAGAGCGGAGGGGAGGGGACCGCAGGCGACCAGCCUAACCAAAGCAGCCAAGCUGAGCAGACUAGGGGAGAGAGCGGAGCUGAGCUGAGAGGAGGGGAGAGGAGAGAUUCUUUAUCUUUAUUCAGAAGCAUAAAGUUGUUUGCUGAAUGCAAGAAGAUGUUACUUUGGCUCUUUCUGGUUUUGUCUCCCCCCAUUUCUGCUUCGACAAAUGCAGAGUCUGACCCCUCAGUGGAAAUUUGCAAUGUGUGCUCCUGUGUGUCGGUGGAGAACGUGCUCUAUGUCAACUGUGAAAAGGUUUCUGUCUUCAGACCAAAUCAAUUGAAACCACCCUGGUCAAAUUUUUACCACCUCAAUUUCCAAAAUAAUUUGUUAAUUGUCCUCUAUCCCAAUACGUUUCUAAAUUUUUCCCAUGCAGUCUCCCUGCAGCUGGGGAAUAAUAAAUUGCAGAACAUCGAGGGAGGGGCCUUCCUGGGGCUCAGUGCAUUAAAACAGUUGCACUUGAAUAACAAUGAAUUAAAGGUUCUCCGAGCUGACACUUUCCUUGGCAUAGAGAACUUGGAGUAUCUCCAGGCCGACUACAAUUUAAUCAAGUAUAUUGAACGGGGAGCCUUCAAUAAACUCCAUAAACUGAAAGUGCUCAUUCUGAAUGACAAUCUGAUUUCGUUCCUUCCCGAUAAUAUUUUCCGAUUCGCGUCUUUGACCCAUCUGGAUAUCCGUGGGAAUCGAAUACAGAAGCUGCCCUACAUCGGUGUGCUGGAACACAUUGGCCGUGUCGUUGAAUUACAGCUCGAAGAUAACCCUUGGAAUUGCAGUUGUGAUUUGCUGCCUUUGAAAGCAUGGCUGGAGAACAUGCCGUAUAACAUCUACAUAGGAGAAGCUAUCUGUGAAACACCCAGUGACUUGUAUGGGAGGCUUCUGAAGGAAACCAAUAAACAGGAAUUAUGUUCCAUGGGAACCGGGAGUGAUUUUGAUGUGCGGAUCCUACCACCCUCUCAGCUGGAAAAUGGCUAUACCACACCCAAUGGCCAUACAACUCAAACUUCAUUACAAAGAUUAGUGACAAAGCCCCCUAAAACAACUAAUCCUUCAAAGAUCUCUAGCAUCGUUGCAGGCAAAGCCCUCUCAAAUCGUAAUCUGAGUCAAAUUGUAUCUUAUCAAACUAGGGUACCACCACUGACACCUUGCCCGAUCCCUUGUUUUUGCAAAACUCAUCCUUCUGAUUUAGGCUUAAGUGUCAAUUGCCAAGAAAAAAACAUCCAGUCGAUGGCGGAGUUGAUGCCCAAACCCUUAAAUGCCAAGAAGCUGCACGUCAAUGGCAAUCAGAUUAAAGAUGUGGACACCUCAGAUUUCACUGAGUUUGAAGGUCUGGAUCUACUCCAUUUAGGCAGCAAUCAGAUUACAGCGAUCAAGGGAGAGGUGUUCCGGAAUCUCACCAAUCUCCGCAGACUCUAUCUCAAUGGCAAUCAGCUAGAACGGCUGUACCCUGAAAUGUUUGCAGGUCUGUACAACCUGCAGUAUCUCUAUUUGGAAUACAAUUGGAUCAUAGAAAUCUUAGCUGGCACCUUUGACUCAAUGCCCAAUCUGCAGUUAUUGUAUCUGAACAAUAACCUGUUAAAGAGCCUGCCGGUUUACAUUUUUGCAGGUGCUCCUCUAGCUCGCCUGAACCUGAGGAACAACAAAUUCAUGUACCUGCCUGUGAGUGGGGUGCUCGAUCAGCUUCAAUCCCUUACACAGAUAGACCUCGAGGGCAACCCAUGGGACUGCACUUGUGACUUAGUGGCCCUAAAGCUGUGGCUAGAGAAACUGAAAGAUGACAUUGUGAUGAAAGAACUGAAAUGUGAAACACCCGUACAGUUUGCCAACAUCGAACUGAAGUCCCUCAAAAACGAAAUCCUGUGUCCGAAGCUACUGAACCGGCCUUCUUCUCCCUUCACUAGUCCCAUACCUGCCAUUACCCUCACGACACCCAUGGGACCUAUCCGAAGUCCUCCCGGAGGUCCGGUCCCUCUGUCCAUUUUAAUCUUGAGCAUUCUGGUGGUCUUGAUUUUAACUGUGUUUGUUGCUUUCUGCCUCCUAGUCUUUGUGCUCCGGCGCAACAAAAAGCCGAUCGUGAAACACGAAGGCCUCGGAAACCCAGAGUGCAGCUCUAUGCAGCUGCAGCUGAGGAAGCAUGAACACAAGACCAACAAGAAGGAUGGGCUUGCAGCAGAAGCCUUCAUCCCACAGACCAUUGAGCAGAUGAGCAAGAGCCACACGUGUGGCUUGAAAGAGUCUGAAGCAGGUUUCAUGUUCUCUGAGCCACCAGGACAGAAAGUCAUCCUGAGAAAUGCUCCUGAAAAGGACAAAGAUCUUGUCCAUGUGGAUACCAGGAAAAGACUGAGCACAAUCGAUGAGUUGGAUGAAUUAUUCCCUGGCCGAGAUUCAAAUGUGUUCAUUCAGAAUUUUCUGGAGAGCAAAAAGGAGUACAACAGCAUCGGGGUCAGUGGCUUUGAGAUCCGCUAUCCAGAAAAGCAGCAAGACAAGAAAAAUAAGAAAUCACUAAUAGGAGAUAAGGUGGGAGUCAAACGGAUCAAGAUACUCAAACACCCAUUCAUCGAAGGUGUUUGCAAGAUACAGAGACUCUCUCCCUCUUGGCAAAAUACCAAUGGGAAAGCCAUUCUGCUUUGACCUGCCUCCAUAAUGUUGCCCUCUGCCACCUUCUCUAAUCAAUACAUUGAUCAAUCCAGUGACAAGGAAAGUAAACAGAUUUUCUUCAUGCUUUUCAAGUGGCACUUCUGAGAUGACACUGUGGCAGAAGUUCUAACAACAAUCUUGGUGGUAAACUCUUCAUUUCCAGGGCCUUCUGCAUUUGCUCUGGGAGGAUGUUUGGCAUACAACCUAGAUUAAAAAAAAAAAAAAAUAUAUAUAUAUAUAUGUGUAUAUAUCUAUAUAUGUAUGCAUAUAUAUAUGUGUGUGUGUGUGUGUAUAUAUAUGUGUAAUUGGUUUUAAACAUAUUUAAAAGGAGAGUGAAAAGAAUUCACUCCUCAGUUUUCACAUCUUGCUGGUGGUGCUCCUAGAACUUUAAGAUGUGCGGUUUCCUUGACACAAAAUUUGUGUGAGAAAUUUAUACACAUUUACAAAAAGCCUGAAACAGCUAUUGAAUUCCAAGGUUUAAAAUUGGCAUUACAUUACAUGUGUGACAGACGGUGUUCAACUAAUAAAAGGCCAUCUGAAAUUCUAUGAUGUCAUUACCAAACAAGUACUCAUCCAUGGAGUCAAGGCUUCCUAAAUGCAUAGAGAUCUUACGAGACAAAAACGAACAAAAACUCUGAAGUGUUUUACUUGAUCCUUUGAUCAAUGAAGUAAGGAUUGUGAAAUCUGAAGUGGACGCUUCAAUGAUGAACACUAAUAAUUUAGUUUCAUCAGCGAUUCGGGGGGCGCUAGGCCAUUGGGAUGAUGCCUUUUAUCCAGUGCGGGCAGGCUAAAAGGUUGCCAGAAGAUCGGCAGUGAGAAGACUUCCUGCCACAAUCUGAAGACUGUAACUAGCUGGCAUAUUGUCUGUAUCUUGGUCUCUUAAGAAAGAUCGAAAAAACAAAAACAAAAUGUUCAAUGAAAAAAAGGAAAAAUCCAGAAGCAUGGUUAUUUGGAGGUACUGACUGUAACUGAAUGGUGAUUAGAAGACUAGUAGUUAAGGCUGAGAUGCUAUCCUUAACCAAAUUCAUUGUGCCUACAUUAUAUAGUGUAUACUAUUUUGCACAGGUCCGUCCACAGUUCUUUUUGAAAAUUUUACAGUAUUGUACUUAGGUGUAAGUUUUGGGUUGAGUGCAAAAGCUGUCAAGAUACUAUAUCUCCAUAUUUUGUCGAUAUAAAUACAAUCUUGAUGUUAGUAUAAUCCUUGGAGAGGUAGUGCAUAUAUUUUGGUUCAACAUUUCUAGUAGACCUUGCAUUCAAAUGGAAAAAACCCAAGAACCACAGCUUGUCAGCAUGGCUUUCUUGGUUCUGUACACAUUUGAAUGGAUUCUUUUAGAACUGUUGCAAGGGAAAUGAGCUGAUAUAAACAGUAAUGGAAGGGUUACAAAAAUAUAUUGUGUCCAUGUAUUCUCAAGUCUUAAAUUAUUUUUUUAUGAAAAUUAAUAAAGAUUAAUCAUUUCUUUCAAAGAGUACAUCUUUGUGUAAUUUCAUCAGAAAGCAGCUAUUCAAGAACAGUGGUUCAAGUACAGUGUAAGCUGAUGUGUAGUUAAAAUUUAGCUUUUCUUGCUGAAUAGUAAACAGAAUAAAAAUCUUAAUCAGAAAAUUAUUUAAAUCCAGGUUUAUUAGAUUUGUUCCUUUGUUUCCUUUUAUUUUCCUUUUGUUUUAAAAGCCAUAAGGAUGCAUACAUUAUAAAGGGCAUGGCCUCAUGACUAAUGUUAACAGAUAUUUCGGAUAUAACAUCACAUCUAGAAAUUUAUGGUGGUGAUAUUAUUAAUCUAUCUUAUAUUUUGCAUGAUUUGUACAUUGAUAUUGUAUGAAAUGAGCACAGUGAGGUUUUUUUUUCUCGUUAUUGUUGUUGCAUCCAAAGAGCUGGGGGAGGAAAUAUAAUAAGAAUGUAUUUAUAAUCACUAUUUUGAAAUAAAGUAAAGAAACAAAUUGUAUUGUUUUUACCCUGCUUUGAUCAUUAAUAUUUUUAGAUUAGUUUAUAGUAUAAAAUACAGUUAAUGCUAUUUGGUCACUGAAAAGAAAAUGUUUUAAUGACCUCUGUUUGCUUUCAGCAACAUCAAGGUAUUAGACAGAAUUUACUAACUGCCAUUUUGUAUGGGAAAUUAAUAAAACUGUUUGGAACAUUCAUUUUUUUGAAGCUAGAGUUUGUUAAAUAUAUUUAUCCUUCCACUCAUUAUCAGAGGAAAUCAAGCAAUGGUGAACAAAAUUGCUAUUUCUCUGAGGUUUGAGGAUAAAGAUAUGUUGCUUAGGAUAUUGUAUUUAUUUGAUUUUAUUCUCAAACCUGUGUUAAGAAAUGUUUUGUUUUCAGCCAUAUUUUCAAUUUAUAUUCUCUCCAACCAGCAACCCCCUUGGAGAAUUGUCAGAUAGGGUUAGGAACAAUUGGUUUGCAUCUGGCAUCAUUGCUGAUUGGCAAAUAUUGUUAUUUGACAUAAAAAAUAACAGUCAGAUACUGUAUCAUAGAGUUUAGCUGAGUUUAUAACAAGCCACCAGCUUGGUUCUUUAUAGUCCAAUUACCCAUCCAUGACAAUGUACUUUCUAUUUCUUUGGUUUCAAAAAAUUAUCCAAAUAACCAGUUCAUCAGUUCACUGUGGUUGUAAUGUAGGGAAAAAAAGAUGAACUGAUUGAAUCUUGUUUGAUCAGUGUCGUUUCAAACUAAAAAUGAAUGUGAACCAUCUGUAUUAAUCAAUAAAUGUUAACUGAAUAUAUUUAUGUACAGGACAUUACCUGAUAGAAAAUAGAAAUGAAAAAAGAUGUAUUACUGUGGGAUCUGAUCUACACAACCACCGUAAAGGAAAAGGUCAUGCAAUUAUCUAACAGCAUAGACAGUCAAUCUGGGUAGGUCGGGACAUGUCUCAGUUUAAUUUUUUGUUGUUGCUUUUGUUUUCAAGCCACAAGCAGCUCUUUCAAAGGCUUGUAGGCUUUCCCUGGUCUACUUGGCUUUCCUUAAGGAACAAUUGCUGAGGUACUGGGUCUUUGUUUCCCAAGCAUCCAGUUAUAUGGUUGGGAUUGGGGAGUGGGGAAGGGAGUACAAUCCUAUUUUCCAGAAAGGAUUCAAUUCACUGUGGUCAGAACAUACUUUUUGGCUUGCUUUACCUGGAUAACUGUCCCACCUUCCAUUUCAGAUUGGCUGUGUAGAACAGAAUUAAGUAGCUACUCUAUGGCUAGGUCUAUAUUUGUUAAAUGAAGUGGAGAAUUGUUGCAAGUGUGCACAUAAGUCCUCAAAAUACUCUUUCUUACAUUAUAUAGGCAUUCUUAAAAAAAAAAAAAAACUUUAAUUAUUUGAGUAAUGUUUUAGUUCUCCACUCUGCAGUACUAGUGUAGACCUAGCCUUCAUACAAAACACACAAUAGGUUAUGUAGAGUGUCUAGAAGGAUUGUUUUAACUGUACAGAAUUGUACUUUAUCUAAGUUUCAAUGUCAUUUCUUUUUAAGUGUUAACUAUGCUUGUGUGCACAAUAUGUUUGAACUACAUUGGAAAAUGUUG